AAAAAUAUGCCUUAAUGUUUAAAAACUAGGGUAUGUCCCUUUAAUCUCAUGAUCAUCUAGUGUAAGUGCUGGAUACUCAGGUGCAGGUCGAGUUUGACACUCGAAUAUCUGAGUCCAAUGUUUAGGGCUCGUGGAGGCCCUGGUAUCAAGUAUUUAAUCCUGCCGUAAUUAAAUAGAGUUAGAUCUGGCUUUAAAGUUUGUUAUAUAUAUAUUUUUCUCUCUCUCUAGCUGCUCCAUCUGUUUUAAGACCUGCUUCAGUUUCACUACAUCUAAGAUGAUGACAGAUUUAAAUACAGGAAUGCGACUUCAGAGAACACCAAGUCACAUACUGAACUAGAUACAGUUGAAGAUGUACAGGGAGAAGAAACAAAUACAUAGAUACUAUUAAACAUGGAUAAUUUGGGACAUAUACUUAGAUUACAAUGAACAGGGACAAGGAUACAAGCAACACAGAGACAUCAGUAUCAUUAUGAUAGGGAAAUAAGAGGGGCAGAGACUUAGAUUUACGUGAUACAUGUAAAACAAGGACAACUUUGAGAUACAUUGGUCAUAUACUUAGAGUACAGGGACAAGGAUACAAGCAACUGAGAUACAUCAGUAGCAUUAUGACCGAGAUAAGAGGGACAAAGACCCAGAUUCAAGUGAUACCAUUAAACAAGGACAACUUAGACAUACAAAGGACACAUACAUAGAUUACAAUGAACAGGGACAAAAAUACAAGCAACGCAGAUACAUCAGUAAUAUCAUCAUGCAAGGACAGGGAGUUAAGUAGGACAGAAACGUAGAUUCAAGUGAGCAAGAACAAAGUGUCAUGAUGGACAGCGACAUAGUUACAUGUACCAGUAUGCAAGGACAAGGAGAUACAUGUAUAAUAGGUGGAGACCAUCAUAUUAAUGAACAUGGACAAAGAGAUACAUGUAUAAUAGGUGGAGAUCAUCAUAUUAAUGAACAUGGACAAGGAGUUACAUGUAUAAUAGAUGGAGACCAUCAUAUUAAUGAACAUGGACAAAGAGAUACAUUUCUAAUAGGUGGAGAUCAUCAUAUUAAUGAACAUGGUCAAGGAGAUACAUGUAUAGUAGGUGGAGACCAUCAUAUUAAUGAACAUGGACAAAGAGAUACAUGUAUAACAGAUGGAGACCAUGAUAUUGAUGAACAUGGACAAAGAGAUACAUUUCUAAUAGGUGGAGAUCAUCAUAUUAAUGAACAUGGAGACAGAGAUACAUGUAUAAUAGGUGGAUACAAUCAUAUUAAUGAACAUGGACAAAGAGAUACAUUUAUAAUAGGUGGAGACCAUCAUAUUAAUGAACAUGGACAAGGAGUUACAUGUAUAAUAGAUGGAGACCAUGAUAUUAAUGAAUGUGGACAAGGAGAUGUGAGGUACAAAAACCUUGAUAUCAGUUUACAAGGAGCUAAGAAGGACGUGGAUCUAGAUACAUGUGAUAUUGAACAGGGUCAGGGUGAUGUGAGAGACAAAACUCAGACAGUAGGCUGUGAGAAUGAAUCUUCGCUUGGAGGGCCAAUGUUUGAUCCGCCUCUGUAUGUUCAGAGAUAUGGCUUUGUGAGGGAAGUUUUAGAAAAGCAUUUGGUGAAAAGUGUUGUGGACUUUGGAAGUGCACAGUGCAAAAUUAUCACUCUAUUGAAAACAGUUCCAUCUUUAGAGAAUAUAGCUUUGGUGGAUAAGAAUGGUAAUUUGCUCAAUGCCAACAAAUGGAAUACAACACCUUUGAUAGGAGAUUAUCUUCACCCACGGACUAAUCCACUGACCGUACAUUUAUUUGAGGGAUGUGCCACCAUGUUGGAUGAAAGAAUUGUGGGAUACGAAGCAGCCACAAUGAUUGAACUUAUAGAACACCUGCAUGAAGAUGAAUUAUCGGGCGUAACUCGGUGUCUGUUUGGCUCUCUUGAGCCCCGCCUAGUCAUUGUGACGACGCCCAACUGUGACUUCAACCAGCUGUUUUCAGAGUCCCAAGGCAUGAGACACUGGGAUCAUAAGUUUGAGUGGAGUCAACAAGAGUUUAAAAUAUGGUGCCAAUCUGUGUGUGAGAAGUUUGAUUAUCAAGUGGAGAUAACUGGAGUUGGCGAGGGUCCACCAGGAUCAGAAAACCUCGGCUUCUGCUCACAGGCUGCCAUUUUUACCCAGCAUUCCUGGAGUAGUUCUGUGGACCCCAAAGGAUCUCUGUGUUAUCGACUGAUACAGUCAAAAGAAUUUCCUUUCAAGAAAGACAAUCAUUCUUUGGAAGAUGGCCUAGCUGUAGAAGUUGCUUAUCACCUUCAUAAAAUUGCACUCUAUACCGAGCCUGACCUGUAUAAUUCUAAUACAGUUUGUGUACCUUUAACAAAACUGGUGAAAUGUAAAAGUAUUCAGGAUCUCUGUGGAUUGGAAAAAUUGAGAGAUUUCAUGUCCAGACAUUAUACUCUAACCAGUGACAGAGAUGGUGUAGUAUGUGUUUUAGAAGAUGAAAGUACGUUUGGCAGUGAUAUUGAAAGUGACCUAGAUUCCGACAAGUCUCUGGAAAAGCAAGAAACAAGUGAAGUCAUGUCAAACGAGGAGUUGUGGGAUUAACUGACAAUAUAUUACUACAGAUAUAUAAAUACAUACAUACAUACAUGUAUAUCACCCAUGGGGCUUCUAUUUUUCUAGAGGUGCAGGCUGAUAUUUGCCCAAAUUAAACAAAAAUGCCCAAAAUCUGGAUAACAACAUUUGAAGAGUUCAGACGCAAAAUGCGAUAUAUCCAUUUUUCAUUUUCAGUAAAAAUGGGUUUUUUAAUUGGCGUAUAUCGCGUUUUGAUAAAUAAAAAAAAAAACGGGAUUUACCC